AUGGCUUAUGUGAAGUCCUUUGCAUUUAUUGCAAUGCUUCUUGCAAUUUCUGUUAUUCAAUCCGAGUGCAGAGUUGCAAGAAAAGACUUGGGGGUGGAUCUUGGUGGUGUGGGAGUUGGGGUUGGAGCUGGGGUGGGCUUGGGACUUGGUGGUAGUGGCUCAGGAUCUGGAGCUGGGUCAGGGUCGGGUUCUGGCUCUGGUUCUAGUUCUGGGUCAAGCUCAGCUUCCUCAUCAGGGUCAUCUUCGGGUUCUGGAUCUGGAGCAGGAUCUGAAGCGGGUUCAUAUGCUGGGUCUAGGGCUGGUUCGGGAUCAGGCAGCAACCAUGGGAGUGGAGCAGGAUCCGGGUCGGGUCGAGGUAGUGGACGUGGGGAAGGAUAUGGUCAGGGGUCCGGCAGGGGAAGUGGUUCUGGGUCGGGUUCUGGCUAUGGUGAAGGCCAUGGUGAAGGUGAAGGUGAUGGUGGGGAGUGA